AGCCUAGUGUAAGUGCAGUCGGAUUCCCUUAGGACGACAGUUGUCUUUUCCUUAAUCCUUAUUAACUCUACUUCACAUAUUUCCUUGACCCCAUGACGUUUUCCCUCGAGGUCAAGGAAAAAUGGUUAGGAAAAGUCGAUAGAACUGACUGUCUGACCGCAGCCUGAUUCACUUUUGCACAUGCGCAACCCAAAUGACGUUCACUAGCAACGUCUUCCAGUGGUCCAAAAUGGCGAUGGACAGUACUUCCACGUCUGCAGGAGGACUGUCAUAUCACAAUGUUUCUGACUUUUAUCCUCGAAAACUUGGCCCAAAACCUGAUGUCGUUCCGUCGGGAGUGACAGAGAGGAAAAUUGGACCGUUGGAUAAACCUGACAUGGUGGCAGUCGAUGUAAUUAACAUCAAGGAUUCAGACAUCCCCAUGCACAGGAAGAAGCAAGAGAAUGACACAUAUAUUCUGGGCACUAUCCACCCGUUCCGAAAAACACACAGAUCUAUUUUUGGGAAAUUGUCACAGGAGUUCCGUUUGGUGACCUCUGACAGACGGUCCUGGAGGAUCCUGCUAUUUGGUGUGCUAAAUGUGUUCUGCACUGGGUGUCUACUGAUGUGGUGCAGCUCUACCAACAGUAUGGCCUUAACAGCAUACACAUACCUCACCAUCUUUGAUCUCUUCAGUCUGAUCACCUGUCUCCUAAGCUCCUGGGUGGCUAUGAAGAAGCCCAGUCAGUCCUAUUCCUUUGGGUUUGAGCGGCUUGAAGUGUUGGCUGUCUUUGCAGCAACUGUGCUGGUUCAAUUGGGUGCACUCUUUAUCCUGAAGGAGAGUUUUGAGCGCUUUGUGGAGCAGCCAGAGGUGCACACGGGCCGGCUCUUGGUGGGGACCUUUGUGGCUCUGUUCUUUAACCUGCUCACCCUGCUGUCCGUGAAGAACAAGCCCUUCGUGUUCGUCUCAGAAGCUGCCAGCACCAGUUGGCUACAGGAGCAUGUUGCUGACCUGAGUCGAAGCGUGUGUGGGAUCAUCCCCGGUUUGAGCAGUGUCCUCCUGCCCCGCAUGAAUCCCUUCGUCCUGAUUAACCUGGCUGGAGCCCUGGCGCUGGGCAUCACCUACACGCUCAUCGAGAUCAAUAAUUAUAAUGCAGUUGACACGGCCUCAGCUGUGGCCAUUGCUCUCAUGACCUUUGGCACCAUGUACCCCAUGAGCGUAUACAGCGGGAAGGUGCUUCUUCAGACAACUCCAUCUCACGUCAUAGGGCAGCUGGACAAACUGCUCCGUGAGGUGUCCACUUUAGAUGGGGUCCUGGAGGUGCGGAAUGAACACUUCUGGAGCAUUGGCUUUGGCUCUCUGGCCGGUUCCGUCCAUGUCCGCAUCCGCCGCGAUGCCAACGAGCAGAUGGUGCUGGCCCACGUGACCAACCGCCUUGCCACACUGGUCUCCAGGCUGACAGUUCAGAUUUUCAAGGAUGACUGGAUCCGGCCAUCCCUGGUGGCUGGAGCCCUCCCCAGCGCAGCCACCCACAGCCCCUCUGACUACGGGGGCCUACCGGGCUUCCAGCCCCACUCCCACUCCCACUCCCACUCCCACAAGCCCCUGGACGAGUCAGACCCGCUCACCUCCACCCCGGCCAAGCCCACCAGCCCACCCCCAGAAUUCUCCUUUAACACGCCCGGGAAGAACAUUCACCCGGUGGUGCUGCCCAGCGCUCAGCCACAGAGGCCCUACGGCAUGGGCCUGCCGUACGGGGCCUCGCCGUACACCGGCAUGCUAAAUCAGGGCUUUGCGCCGCCCGGCAGCGGGCUGGGGCUUGGGAUGGGACUUGGCGUUGGUGCCAGGGCGUCUUCGGCGCAAGGCUACAGGACUUCAUUCGGUGGCGCAGCGCCAAACAGAUACAGCAGCAACCUGCCUCCCUCACAGAUGAACCAGUAUAGGCCCUGACCUGACUGCAGAGGGGGGACUGACGCUUUUGUACGGAUCGGCGAGGAACGUCGCUGAUCGGAGAUCACCUGAGAUUCGUCAGGCACACACUCAGAGAGGAUAUAUUAUGGUAUUUAUUAUGUUGGGACCAAGACUUCCACUCUUAAUGGAUUUUCUAACUGUAUGUUUUUUUUGUACUGUUCUAAAGAGAUCACAGAAUGAUUGGAAAUCUAUGGAAUGUGCUGUUUCACAUUUCUUUGGGAUAAGAGGAUUGUUUUGUGGGUGUGUGUUUUUUUUUGUAUCAUAAACUUGUAUUUGAAAGAGUUAAUCUACUUUUGUGCUUAUAGGACUCAAAUGUUAUCACAAUAACUGUUCCUGGGUCAGUGGCCAUGCACUAGACAAUGUAAGCUCAACUGUCUGAUCGGAGUGCUGCUAUUAUAAGAGGCAAAUAUGACCUCAUGACAAAAUGUCUUUAUUUUUGACCCCAUAAUACCGUACCCAAAUGGUGGUGGUAUUUUCAGACCACCCAAUCUACUGGCAAGGCAUUGUACCAAAGCACGUCUUAAGAGGAUUUGCAUAUUAUCAUAUUUGCCAGAUACAUUUCUGAAUCAUGCAGACAUUGCCAUUAAAACAAAUACUAAUUUUAGCGCCCCACAACCUUUCCUGAGUCAAGUGUGCAAUAGCCCAUCAGCCAGUGAGUAUUCAGAGACUGUGUACCAGGUCACAUGGCUUUAAAGUGAAAUGAGGUGGUAAUUCACGCUGUCAAGUGUUUGGUGGAUGCCUGCCCACAAGUGUUGUGGUGUGGUCUUCUCCGAAAGAUUUAUUAUGGACCACUAAUGUGCUCUGCUCUCCCAAACUGCCUUGUCGGAGCGGUGUCAAACGAUUAUGUUGAGUGAGUUUAUGGUCACUUGAGAUUUCACCUGUGUAAGGAAGUCAUGACUCUGACUGAUGUGGUGUGUCAGAGUUAUUUAAAUAAAAAGAAAUGAAUUGCACUGCU